AUGUGGAAUACACACCAUAACAGUGAACAUGGAUACAAAUUCAAAAAACCCUUCUUCCUCUUUUUUAGUUGCCGGAAAUGCUACUUUUGUUGCAACAAGACACGUAAUGGGUACAUAACUAACUUAACACCAGAGACAAAGUGUAUUCAUUUAAAGGAAGGCUCUUACCUCUAUGCGUGUCUUGAAACUGAAGGAGAGGAUGUCUGCCCUCUGAACCACCCUAGCCCAGAGCCUCCAAAUGUCGCAGUGACAGACAUCCCCAUCUCGACACUAGUACCACUACUAGUAGGCUUAAGUCUAUUUGCCCUGGUAGUCAUCCUUGCCCUCCUGUUCUGUUUUUGUUGUUGGAGACCGAAACAGAAACCGAGACAAGCACCACCAGAAGAUGACACAUUGACUGUUGUGAAAAUAACUGAACCAGACUUGGACAAGGAUGAAACUCCCCAGGAUAUCUUAGUGGACGCUGUUCAAGCCACCACGGGGGAUGAACAAAGCAUGAAGGGGCCAACUACUGCUGAGGGCUGGGGAAGUGACGAAGAUUCCUCCACUGAUGAAACCUUGGAAAUAAGAGAGACAAGUAGGAAGGAUGUGCCUGAAGUCCACCCUGGACAGGCAGCUAGGGUGCAACCAGAGGAAGAAGAACCUCUCUUACCAGAUGGAGCACAGAUUGAAGCCCAGUCUACGGCAGUGCAAGACAGCCAGAAACCAUGCAGUCCAGGAACGGCAUCCUCAUACAUGGAUCAAAAUAACCCAGAGACCCUGCAUUACGACGCCAAAAAUCAAAUGAAUAAGCUUGAGCUUAUGGAUGCUAAUUUUAGCUAAGAGGCCAAGCCUGGAGCAUCUGAGUGAGAAGAUAAUUGUUUUAGGACAUAAGGACAUUGGGGUUCUGUACAAAGCCAUGUGAAUAACAGCAUUUGCUUGAGCUGUAGAGAGAGAGUUGGGACAUAAUGUUGUUGUAUUGCCAAAGACGGGGCACAGGAUCAUGGCACUGCAUUUAGAUAUUAACCAUAUGCAGCGUUCCCAUAAACCCAUUGUACUAGAUCGAUCUAACACUGUAGUUUCUCGCUAAAUAUCAUUCAGUGAAAGCAUCUUAAAUGUCUGUUAUGCCUAUUCAAGGUGCUAGGGGGUAAUUAACAAUAGUCAGUUACCCCCUAGUUACUCAAUUGGGGCAUGCCAGACAGUUAAGCUGAUUACACAUAAAGCACUUAAAUGAGAAGCCCUGCAGAGUUAGAUUGAUCCAGCUGGUAUGUUGGGUUUAUGGGAACGCAAUCAUAUUCUUUACUCAAUUGUAUUGUAUACUAAUAAUGAGCAGUAUGCCAUGUUAUAUACCUAUUUUAUGUCAAGAGUGAAUGUGUUGUUCUUGGCUCUGUUCUCUAUAAACCCAUUGCACUAGCUGGAUUGAUCUAACUCUGCGAGGAUUCUAACUAAAGUGCAUGCACUAUAAAGUACAACUUAAGUGCAUGCACUGUAAGUGGCGUUAAUGUGUGGCACACAUACUCAAGCCACUAGUGGGUAAUUAAUGAUAGUCAAUUGCCUCCUAGUUACUCAAAGGGGCAUGCCAGACAAUUAAGCUGAUUACUUUGAAAGCACUUUCACGAGAAACCCCUCAGUUAGAUCAAUCCAGCUAGUUCAGUAGGUGUAUGAAAAUGCAGUUUGAUGCUCAAAGGCUAUACUGUAUACAUUCCGUUGUACCUUAAAGCAGUAGAUUUUUAAAACCAUUUUCCAUUCCAUAAAAACUUGUGAUACUCAUCCAUCAACCAUACAUUCACUUAGAACAAAAAAUUUGUAUAUGACAUGGCACAUAAGACAAUAUUUGUAUACAGUUUUGGGGUCACUUGGUUUGAAUCCUCACAGAUAUUGAUUUUUCUUAAAUUAAGAUAAUUCUAACUCAUGAUAUGAAGAUAGUGAUCUUUGUUUUUGACCAAAAGGCCUGGUUUGAUCAAAAGAAAUUGACUAUAAUCUUUAUUAUGUAUUCGUACUGACUUUCUAGGUAAACAAGCACAAGUGGAGUAAACAAACUAAUUACAACAAUAUGGCUCAACACUUGAACGCAUGCUGUGUAAUCCCCUAAUGGCAUCCGCACUUCUUACAUGCACCGUCUCUGCACUGGGAGAGGAUUAUACAGGGGUUACUUGGCAUGCUUUCAUAUUUGAUCCGUGUUGCAAUCUGUGGAUCAACUUGGUUUUGAACAGAGCCUCGGAUCAUGGAAAACAAUUUUGGGAAGGCAACAUGAUCAAAGAGGCACUAAAUUCAUUGAAGGAAUAUAUUGGAUGAGUGCAAUUACCUGUUUCCUCACAUCUUCAUAUCAUGUUUUUUUCUCAAUA